AUAAAAAAAAUUCACCUAAAAAUCUCAAGUCCACCAAUUAAGUAUUCUUGUUUUUACGGAAUUGACACACCACAGCGCAAGGAUCUAAUUGCCGCAAGUAAGUCUAUAAAAUAG